GUAACUUUGCAUAACCAUUUAUGUCGUGGCGCUCCGGCGACGAAGAGAUGAUCGUUCGAACGGAUUCGUCCUCCAGCUGUAGGUUGGAGCAGGAGUUUGAAGAAGACUGGGAUCUGAUGCAGUUUUACCUUUCAUCCGAUCAAACCUUGGAUCAGACAACGCCCUACGUAGAAACCAAUGAGAUCAUGGAGGGUUCGGGCGACGGUUCCCCGCAAUCGUCGAUGUGCAUGGUGAAGGCGGCUGAGCUCUUCCCGAAGCCGAUCCUCGAGAAGGAGGAAGAAAAGCUCACCGUACGAUUUACCGAGCUUGCCGGUGAAUCCGUACGUUAUCUCGGCCAGACAGAUGAAGGCAUACUGGCACUGUCCAACUAUCGGCUGUUCCUGCAGAAAAACACCACCGGUGCCGAAGUAUCCGUCCCGCUUGGCCUGAUCGAAUCGACGCAAGUGCGUGACCUGUUCCAUCUGAUCGUGAACUGCAAAGAUGCCAGCACCGUACGAUGUUCAUUUGCAACGUCGGAGCAGUGCAGCGAAUGGCACCGGCGGAUAACGCUAUCGAUCGGUGUGCCCGAAACGCUGGAGGCACUGUUUGCGUUUCCGUUUCACGCGUGGGCCUCCGAGUCGCCCACGCUCAACCAGGACAACGAAUGGGCCGGCCGUCUGCAGCGCGUCGGCUCGUUCGACGACGAGUUCCGGCGGGAGGCCGAACGGUUACAGUUCGAUCUGCAGGGUGCGUGGCGCAUCAGCCAGGCGAAUGCGGAGUUUAAGCUGUGCCCAUCGUACCCGCGGCUGCUGCUGGUGCCGGCCUGCAUCUCGGACGAUACGCUGCAGAAUGUGGCCAGCUUUCGCAGCUCGCGGCGCAUACCGGCGGUCGUGUGGCGCCAUCAGCGUACCGGCGCGGUGAUCGCGCGCUGCAGUCAGCCCGAGGUCGGGUGGCUCGGGUGGCGCAACUCGAAGGACGAGCAGCUGCUGAAAGCGCUGUCCGAUGCGUGCUCGUUCGAUCGGGGCACGCAGGAUAAGGCCGGCGAUGGUACGAGACGGACGCGCACGCAAACCGACUGCUCGGAAGCGUCCAGCGACGGCAGCCCACCGCGCAGCCCCGAGGGCAGCCACGAGGAGGUGGAAAUGGACGAGCCGAAGAAGAUACUGAUCGUGGAUGCACGCUCGUACACGUCCGCGGUCACGAACCGGGCCCGGGGCGGUGGCUGCGAAUGCGCCGAGUACUACCCGAGUGCGGAGAUACAGUUCAUGAGCCUCGGCAACAUACACGUAAUCAGGAAAAGCUUUCAUGCGCUGCGGCAGCUCUGCGCCUCGCAGGCGGACAUUCCAAAUUGGCUUGGAUUGCUGGAGCGAACGCUUUGGCUGCAGCAUCUGUCCGGCUUGCUGGCGGCCUCGAUGGUGGUGUGCCACGCGAUCGAGCGUAACGGUCGGCCGGUGCUGGUACACUGUUCCGAUGGGUGGGACCGCACGCCGCAGAUCGUUGCCACGGCGCAGCUCUGCCUCGAUCCGUACUACCGCACGAUCGAGGGCUUUCGCGUGCUGGUCGAGCGGGAGUGGCUGAGCUUCGGGCAUAAGUUUGCCGACCGGUGCGGCCACGGUCCGGGAUCGGACGAGACGAACGAGCGCUGUCCCGUGUUUCUGCAGUGGCUCGACUGCGUCCAUCAGAUUCAUCGCCAGUUUCCCUGCAGCUUUGAGUUUGAUAUGGGCUAUCUGAUCAAACUAGCGCAACAUUCGCACUCGUGCCUGUUUGGAACGUUCCUGUGCAACACAGUGAAGGAGCGGCAGGAAAACAGCGUCCCCGAUCGUACGUUCUCCGUGUGGCCUUUCCUAUCCGGUCCGAUCUACAAGAACCACCUGUACAUGCCGAACCGCGAACGCGUCCUGUGGCCGGCGCACAACGUGCGCGAUCUGCGCCUCUGGACGGAAGUGUACCUGGGCAGCUGGGGAGGCCACAAUCAACCGUCGGCCUCCGAGGUGGCCGACUAUCCAACGGCAAGCGUGCCGGCCGGCGGUGCGGAUGUCGUCGUACCCGGUGCUGUCGGUGUGGGAAGUAUCUUGCCCGGUGUGGUGGAAUCGACUGCUAGUAUCGCCGUCGGCAUCGGUUCGACCUCUGUUGAUGUUGUAGGCGAUGCGAUGGCCAGCUCAUCGCCGGCCAGCUGCAGCCCGGAGCAGAACGGAACGAUGACGAAGACGCGCUCGUACAGCGAUAUCAAGGAGGCGACCUCAGGUGGCGUCAUGGCGCGUCGCUCAAGCGAUCCAAGCAUGACCCUAGAUCCAAGCAUUAUCAAUAGAACGGGCGGUCCAGCGACGCUCAACCUCUCGCAGGAGGAAAGUUCAAUCGACUCCAACCUCUCGUCCGACCGCGAGACCUCGCCCGAUCUGCCCUCCAUCGACGAUCGCCUGUUGCAUCGUGGCGUAACGGCCAGUUCCUUUAUACAGCACGCCACCGAAAAGCUGCAAAGCCUCACGCAGGAGCUGAACCAAUCGGACGAGGAGCUGGAGCAAGCCAUCAAGAACCAGCGCAACCUACUAGCGGCUGGCCGCAGUCCCGCGCGCUGCCCUGCCGACACGAACGGCGACGCCGGGACACCGGGCGGCAACCCUCUCUCUUCCUCAACCUCCUCUAGUCUCUACCCGAACGGAAGCAUUGGUGGCGUCAACAGUUUAGCGGCCGCCGCAGCAGCCACACUAAUUCCAACCGCCACCACCAAUGUUCGACCGUCCUUUACGACCACCAGCAUCAGCAAUGGUACGACGACGCUGCAGCAGCAGCACGCUGGUAGCGAAGCAGGACACCCUUACCGCUUUCAACCCAUCGUUCCGGAACUGCCAACGACGACGACGACGGAUGUGUCGCGAUGCUCGCCCAAGCUCGAGUGCCGGGAGUCGAGCAGCAGUCCAACGGCCAGGCAGCAGCAAAACGUUGUACUAUGGCCGGACACGAUCGACGAAAAUACGGCUCGCAUUAUCAAAAUCGAGUCGUACCACUCGUCCACGGUCGGUGGAAACAAGGACGUGCUGGACGGUGGCGGUGGCGGCGGCGGCGGCGGUGGCGGUUUCCUGCACGGCUCAAAUCGUACCGUCAUCGGGCGGCCCGUCAUGGCCGGCGACGACAUGAUGAUGGAAAGCGUCGAUCUGACCAUCGGUGGAUCCGACGACGGCAGCUUCGCUGGUGACAAAACACACUCUGCCUCGCCAAACCGCCUAGAAUCGCCCGGUCUGAACGAGAGCUCGCUUAGUCCCAAUCUGUGGCACGGAUCGAUAGAAACCAGUACGGACACACUGGUGCCGGUCGAUCAAUAUCCUCCACCGUUGGGACCGAUCGAUACAAGCGCUUUAAGCAUGCACCACGAGCAACAUCUGCUGCCUACCUCUCAUUCGUUAGCGGGAGGCAAGGCAACGCAAGGCACCGGUACGGCAGAUGGCGGUGACGCGGCCCGGGACGUACGUGAGCGACGGAAGUCAUCACUACUAUCAACGCAAGAGCGGGAGGGAAGUCACUGCGGUGUCAGCGGUGGCGGUAGUAUUAGUUUAGCCGUAGGAAACAGUGAUAGCAGUCAGCUGAGCCUUGUUAAUGGUAAAGGAUCGGAAGCGACGACGGCGCCAAGCGACAACGCAGGCGGGGCCGAGGUCACGGGCGAUAGCUGUGCCGCCAAAGCUCAGACUGGUGAUAGUAAUGGAUGUGAUUUUACUAGUGAUAGUCAUGAUUACGAUAGGAAAUUAUCAAAUCAAUCAACGCUGGCGUUGACCGGCGAUACGCUACCAAAAGAUCAACCUGAUUAUGGCAACCAGCAGCAGCAGGAGCAACAUCCUCAGGACUCUACGUUGGGAAAUGAUCGUGGAGGAGGAGAAGGUGGAGGAAGUCGAUCAGUUCCGCCAUCAACCUUCGCCCAGAACAGCAAUGCCAGCAACUGCAGUAGCGUGAACUACAAUAAUAAGUUCCAGCAGCUUGAAAUCAAUGGCAAACAGCCGCCGAACGACGGUGGCGGUGCUGCUGCUGCUGCAGGCGGCGGAUACCCUCCAUUAAUGCCACAGCGACGAAGAAGAAACUCGUCCAACUCGAAGCACGACCUGAUGAGUCCCUGCAAACCAACCAAUGGAAGUUUAUCCCCAAGUGCCACACAUUCUCGGUUCUCGACGCCGGGCGCCCGGUCACUGCCACUAACACCACCGAGUGUACCGUACGCGUCGGAUAGGCCACCGGUAGCGACCUUCUCCUGUCCGGACGGGUUGGCCCACGCCCUCUCCGAGCAGAACCUACGCCUCCAGCAGAUCGUCUACGAACAUCGGCUGCGCGAGGAAGCGUUACAGCGCGAGCUGUACGCGACGCGGUUAGCAUUGCUGAAGAAAACCUGCCAGAACUGUUGUAGCAGCAGCGCCCAGCCACAGUACGGCAAUGACGAUCCGGUGCCGGUGAGCAUUUCCAUUACCAGUGUUGCUGCUUUCACUACUACCGCAACUGCCACGUCCGCGAUAGGAGACCGCGUCGCCAUGGUCGACGGCACACGCAGCAGCAACCACAGUAUCGACAACAGCCAGCGCGCCGGAAGUGAUUGUAUGGGCACUAUCGCCUCCAUUAGUACCACUGCCACCACGACCGUCACGGCCACCACUGCUGAAGGUGUCGUCACUGGCAUGUCCGCAGCCGGCAGUGCCUGGUUGGGAGCCUCCGUCUACGGUCUGCUGUCCGAGGCGGCACCAGAACCAGACAGCGGUAACAAUAUUUUGCUAUUUUCCGAUGAGGAGAACGAAGUAGAAAAGGACAAGAAGAGAGAGGGUAUGCCUGGUAGUAGCGUAACGGCCGCGAAGGAACGUUGCCUGUAUGAAGCCGUACUGAAGCACAAUCAUCGCUUGGCGCACAACGUGCGAAUGUGGCGAACCGUGCGCCAGUUCCUGGAGCGUACAAGACAGAAGCGAAUGGUCGUCUGUCCUCCGUCGGUGGUUCUAGCGAGGGAAGCGUUCAAGCAUCCGUCCGAGUCCUUCUCCCUGGAGGAUCCCAUCAGCGAGUACUACGCCGAUAGUAGUGAUGUUGAGGGCGAAAGCGAGUGUAGUAGCAGUCGUAGUAGUAUCGUUGAGGAAACAGCUAGCCAAGUUGACAUGAAAGGCCGGAAAGGCACAAACAGCAGCCCGCUUGCUGGGACUACUACUAUCAUCAUUCAUGAUUCCGAAGAUGAAAAAGAUCUUGACAUUAUACUUAGUGGCAGUGGUGGUGGUGGUGAAGAAGGUGGCAGUGAGGAAGAGGAUGACGAUGAUGAGGAUGAUGUUGAGAAUGAUGAUCCGGAACUAUCCUCCCAACUGAUGGUAGAUUCGAUGAACGAAAACGCGUCCAACUGCUCGUGGGAAGCGGUCGACGACCGUAGCGCACCGUCGUCGGGCGCCAACUCCUCGCAGCAGAUGCAGUACAGCAGCAGCGGCGUCGGGGGCAGCACCAGCGUGCUGUGGGUGCCGGACCACGCGGUCACCCGGUGCACCACGUGCCAGACGGUGUUUUGGAUCGGGCUGCGCAAGCAUCACUGUCGCUCGUGCGGCCAGAUCUUUUGUGCGGAGUGUUCCGACUAUACGGCCCACCUGCCCGAGGAGCGGCUGUACCAACCGGUUCGACUGUGUGGCCCCUGCUACCAGCGGAUCUCAUCCAUGACGGUUCCUGCAACCAGUUCCGUUUCCACCACCGGUGGCAGCAGUAGUACGAUGGUGUCCUCCGCCGUCAGCAACAGUGCCGUAGCAACCGGCCCGGCAGUGAACAACGGCACAAGCAACAAUAACAACGCACUGAGCGAAGAUGGCGGCAAUGCGUCGUUUCUGCAGCACCGAACGAACGUGUCGGCGGCCGCCGCGGCCAGCAUGAUGAUGCGCGAUCGGAUCUCCAGCAUGAGCCAGAUCCAGUCGUUGCUGGCGACCGAAUGCAGCUCGGAAGCAUCGCGCGCUAGUGAGAGCUGCUGCAAGCAGAAUGUUACCGCCGCGACGAACUAAUUUGCAUUCUUCCCGUGUCGAAUCUGACCUGCGUGUCUCCCUCCCCCACCCAGAAGGGGAGUGUACGUGUGUGUGUGUGUGUGUUUUUAUUAGGAGCAGGGGAUGGAUUAAAGAAGAAGUAGGAAGCGUUUUUAAAAAAAGGUGACGAGUGCCAACACCCAACAGCUGACUCACACACACAUACAUUAAUUGUUACUUUUUGUAUAAUCACAACAAUUACCGCCACCUCGUUUGUUUUAUCAUAUAUGCUUUCCAUGUUUUGUACACAUCAUCACACACGUAGACAGACACACUUAUCUUACCUCUAAUAACUUAUCAUACGUUUUACUUGUUUGUUUGACUUGUUUUACAGAUUCUUUCACGGUCGUCGGAUAAGUGUUAGUCACUUUUUUUCCUUAAGUAAAUAAUUGUUUCCCUUAUUUAAACGUUGAAUAACAACCUUCCUUGCUGCAUCCGUUUGUUAGGCUAUUUCAAGGCAUGUGUUUACCAAGCAGCGUGCGUGGAGUUUUUUGUUUCGAAAAGCGGGAUUAAUGCUUUGUGAUUGAUUUGUGACCUUUCUAUUGCUCUAAACAAAACAAAAACGCGAGGACGUAAGAGGAUAAGGGAGAGAAGAGAGAGAGAGGGGAAAAAACAUAUAAAUAAUCAAACGGAAGAAUUAGGUUUGGUAGGGUGUAAAAGGGGGAAAGGGGCGUGAAGCAAAACGGUGUAAGGAAAAUCAAUGCUAAUAUAUCUUAUUGUAAAAUAUACAUAUAAUGAACAUUUCUAUCUGCGAUAGAGGUGUGGGUGGGAAAAAAACAAUUGGACUGGAAGGGAGUGGUAGUGUAGUAGCGGACUGAGACACGAGCGAAGGUGGAAUGAGAAAUCGGAUCCAUCACACACCGUUUAGGGACUUGUGUUGAUUCGGAAGCAACCAAUAUAAAAUAGAGAUGAAAAAUGUAGUUUCACUGAAAUCAAUGCCCAAGCAUGAGACUCUAAGCCGCCCCCUCCCAAGCCAAGCCAAGCAAAGCCUCUAGGAAAAGAAAAGUUAGGCAGUUAGAGAAGCAAUUAAUACGGACAUUGACGAAACAUUGGCUCCUUAUGCUCCGAGAUACGGUAGAAAAGUUUAUCAGCAACACAAGCAUACACACAUAUUAUCUAUAAACGCCCUCAACAAUAAUGAAAAUCCGCAUGGGAAAAGCAACACAAAGUGUAUGGAAAAUACGAUUCGAUCGAGCAAGAACAUAUAUAUAAAGAGAAAGAGAGAGCGAGAGAGCAGAAGAACAAUAUACACAAAUAAUGAAUUAAGCAUUAAGCAAUGCAAACCAUUUAAGAAAGAUUAUAUGUAUACAUGUAUAUGAAGACAAGCAUAGCUAACAAAACAAAGGGUAGAUGUAAACAUUUGCAACCACAAUAACAAAAAAAAAGCAAAACGGCAUACGAAAGGGAAAAAUGCAACACAGGACAGUGGAAGAGAGUAGAGAUUUUAAAAACAAUAACAAUGCAAACUCUGCAGCUGCACGUGGGGACACGCGCGCCCCCCGCAUCCUUGCAGCAUAAGAGGAAGAGAGCAGAACGAAUGCAUCCGUAGUGAAAGCGUGGUGUAGUGUGUAGCUGACUAAAAUCUAACCUCAAACGAAAGUGGACUAGAAGCGUACAGACAGAAGCUAAAAUAGCAAGUAGCAGCAACGAUGAGGCGCGAUGCCUGUCCUCCCCCACACUCACACUCUAUUGCGCACGAAAUGCGGAGGCUACGCAAACGCAAACACACAUCACUUUGCUUCCCUUGUCGGAGAGUGAGAAUUGUUUAGUCGGUUUGGUUUUGUUUCAGUUUCCGGUUUGUUUAAUUUUACCCACCAACCAACCAGCAACCAGCAAAUGUGUAAUCUCGCGACAUUGAUAUAUCCGUAUCAUUUUAGUAUACACUACUACCCACCAGCCAAACUAACCAACUCAUGCAAUUGUUCAGACAGCAAAAUACUAAAAUUCACCAAACCAUCACAAUAUAAUUCCCCACACAAGCAACGGCAUCACUGAAGAGAGAAAGAGAGUCCACCUAAAAAGCUAGCGGCGCAGCGUAAAUUGUAGUACCUAUCGUAUGUGCAAACAAAAACAGAAUAUUGAAAUACAAACUGCAAACGAAUAAUUAUAUGCGA